GGCCGAUGUAACUUGCUAGUGCAGUAAAAAUAACCCCAGGGUUGCACCUCGCACCGCCUAGGAUUCGUCCGCCUUCGGUUUUGCCGAAGGGCGAGUUUGGAUUGGCUGCUUUGGGCGGCACUUCGGAUAAAGACUGAUAUGGCCUGGUAUCUCUAAAAUGAGAAACUCUCCAAGAGUCACAAAGACACCCUUCCAGCAACUUCAUUUCUGUGGAUUUGGAGAAGAUUUUGGUGCUUUGGGCGGCACUUCGGAUAAAGACUGAUAUGGCCUGGUAUCUCUAAAAUGAGAAACUCUCCAAGAGUCACAAAGACACCCUUCCAGCAACUUCAUUUCUGAUGUCUCCCACUUAUGGGCUUGUGAAGGAUAUUACACCAAAGGACACCCAUUGGGCAUUGAGGUUGCGAUUAGUUCGGAUGUAUGAAAAUGUGAGUGAUGAGGGAGCCGUUAGGGGUCUUGAAUGUGUCUUCCAUGAUAGAGAGCUACAGAGAAUCCACGCCACCAUCAAAAGCUUUCACACGCCACAAUUUAAGGACGUCCUUAAAGAAGGUUUGUUGUAUAAGAUUCGGCAUUUCAUGGUGGCUACCGAUGGAAAAGACUACAAGACCACUACCAACAAAUAUAAGAUCAUCUUUUUUAAGAAAACAAAAGUUUUUGAGUUUGAAGAUGCAACGUUUCCUAAUGAGGUUUAUAAGUUCAGACAAUUCGAGACAAUAUUGUCCACAAAGAUCUUGAAUGAGAAGGAAAUGUUUGAUGUGAUAUGCGUGGUUGUUGGCAAGUAUGGUCUAAAGGAACUCACAUACAACAACCGUCCUCAUAAGAUUAUGGAGAUUGUUGUUUGUGAUAAUAUGAUGAGACAACUACGAUGCUCUUUAUGGGAUCAGUAUGCCGACCAAAUUUUACCAUAUAUGGCAGACGAUUAUCCUGGACCUGUUAUAUUGAUAUUACAAUUCUGCCGGGCCAAAAUGUUUCAAGGUGAGCCGAAGUUGUGUGAUUCUUUAAAUAUCACCAAGCUUAUUGUGAACGGAGAUGGUGUGGAAUUCCAGAAUUUUAAGGAUAGCAUUGUUGAUAGGACUGCUUUGUCACAAACAAUUACCACUCUUUCGGCCACUUAUAAACCGUUCCUUGAUGAACUAAAUAGCUUGGUUAUGCCUUUAUGAGACUAAGGAGGCGGGAAGUUUCUGGAUCUAUGUGAAAGUUGUUGAGAUAGAAAAUGAAAAUGAUUGGUGGUAUCUUGCAUGCAAUAGAUGCUCCAAGAAGUUGGAAAAAUCCCAUGCCAAUUUUUAUUGUACAAAGUGUGCUAGGGUUUGUACUGAAGGUGUUACAAGGUAGGUUGUGAAAUAAAUUUAA